AUGAAUGCAUCGAAAAUUCUACGACUUUGCUUUGUGAUAAGUGUGUGGAUGCUACUGCUUAAUAAUCAGCUUGUUAAGGGUUGUUUGUUCGGCCAAGUCAUUAAAGAAACACUCGAUGGUUCUUGUCAAUAUACCUAUCAACACUAUGGUUCUAAUAUUGGUUUUGUCGUGUCCUCCGAUUUUGGCAAAUAUCAAUACAAGUUAGAGCAUAUUGAUAAGUGUGAUGAUUAUUGCAAAAAGCUAUAUGCAAAGACUCAAUUAUUUAUAAUGGAUGCACUUGUCUUUUCUUUGGUUGAUUUUGAUCCAAACUCAGCUCAUAGAGAUGAAGGUUGGACACUAACCUUCUCCUAUUAUAAUCUGGGUCCCAUGUGGGAUAUUGAUCCAACCAAAUUGACAAUCAAUAUUACUACAAAGGAUGGACUUGAAAAAAUCCCUGAAAUUAAUAUACCUGCUCAAGGAAAUCAGUGGUAUUCUCUGGUUAAGUUUAAUGAUUUUUUGAGAGAUGGUAUUCAAGAAUUUAGAAUUUCUCUAAUUUCUCUGACUGGUCUUAUUCCAUUGAAUGCAAAUCUAGAUCAAGAAUAUGAUCUUGAUUACCCUAGGUCUGUUAACUUUGUUGGAGACAAAAACAAAGUUCAAAUGAAUAUUCUGGAAUUAUCUGGAUUGCCUACUAGAAUUACUCUUUAUAACGAGCAGCCUAACCAACUAUUGAAUUUUGCAUGUUUCAAAAAUAAUGUCUAUAACACAAUGGGGAAUUAUAGAUGGGAAUCUAGUGGAUCAAUUUCAGAUGUUUUAACUACCGUAACUCUUUCAAAUAUGACAACAGAUGUCUUUGGAAAUUUGGUGAGUGUGAAUGCGACAACUCUUGAAUUGAAUCUUGAAAAUCCAAAUUCUCUUUAUGAUAGCCUAACAUCAACUCAUUCUAAAUAUCUUGGCGGUUCUUCAGUUGCUAGCACUCUUACAUUACAAGAUGGUAAUAUAUUGAGAAUUAUGGCAGUUGACAAGGCAUUCAGACAGCACUGCAUUACUCCAAAUCAACAAGUGAUUGGAUCAAUGAAAUUUGGACAAGUAAUCUCUUACCGAGUCCAAAUAUAUCCUCAGCCAUUUAGCAGUAUUGGACAAGUCAACCUCAACAUCUCUACAUACACAAGUGUUCUAUUCCUUCAAACCACUCACUAUGAUGCAGACAGUUCUCAAUUAUGUUCAUUAGCAGAUCAUGUGGAUUUUGAAACUGAAGUCACCAUCAAAGGAAUGGAUGUACAUCAACCACUUUCGAUUUCCAAUGCAAAAAGAAACCACUUGAUCGCCAUGAAUUUAUUCUUUAUUUGUAAGGCAGAGGAAGGUUGCAAUUUUGAUUUUACUCUUUCUGGAGGAACAUCUCACAACCCAAUUGAUGAGACAACCAUUAUUAUUGUGUCAAGCAUUGCAGGAAUUGCCUUGAUUUUAAACAUUAUUGCCUUACUCGUAAUGGUAGUAGUAGUUUAUUUGACUAUUAAACGAAGAAAGGUCUAUGUCAGUAUUCAAUAA